ACGGACGGAAUGUGUCCGUCGCUCUCCGUGCGCCUCCUCGGCUGCUGUGCGCUCCUGCCGUCGCGGUUUCCUCUUCCUCCGCCCGUACACGUCUCCUCUCUUCCUCCCCCUCCUCCUCAUGCCCUGAUUGGGGGUCGAGGUGGAGGCAUGUAGCAACCGGAUUCACCGGAUUGACGGCACCGAGCAGCAUGUAGCAGCACCUGGAGCUCCGCGCACGUCGCCUCCGUUCUGCGCUCCCGGAGCCGCCGCUUCUUCUUCACCGGAAACCUGCACAAGGAUACACGGGGAUUUUUUGUGUGUUUGGGGCGGGUGGGGGGAUUUCUUUAUUUUCGAGCAGGAGUGUGAGUGUGUUCAUCCCCGCCGCUCUGCACCUCUCGGUCGAUGGUCGUUGAGGAAGCUUCCAUCUUGAGUCUCGUUUCUACCGAGAGAACCAUGGCGAGCGACUCCCCUGCGCGGAGUCUGGACGAGAUAGACCUGUCUGCACUACGGGAUCCAGCCGGUAUCUUCGAGCUGGUUGAACUGGUCGGUAAUGGCACCUAUGGGCAGGUCUACAAGGGUCGCCAUGUUAAAACAGGCCAGCUCGCUGCGAUCAAGGUCAUGGACGUCACUGGAGAUGAGGAGGAGGAGAUUAAAGCAGAAAUCAACAUGUUGAAGAAGUACAGCCACCACAGGAACAUUGCCACUUACUAUGGAGCCUUCAUUAAGAAAAACCCUCCUGGGAUGGACGACCAGCUCUGGCUGGUCAUGGAGUUCUGCGGAGCUGGUUCAGUGACAGAUCUGAUCAAAAACACCAAAGGGAACUCUCUGAAGGAAGAGUGGAUCGCAUACAUCUGCAGAGAGAUCCUCAGGGGUCUGACUCAUCUCCACCAGCACAAAGUAAUUCACAGAGACAUCAAAGGCCAGAACGUUCUACUGACUGAAAAUGCAGAGGUUAAACUGGUGGACUUCGGAGUCAGCGCUCAGCUGGAUCGGACCGUGGGACGCCGGAACACGUUCAUCGGGACGCCAUACUGGAUGGCGCCAGAGGUCAUCGCCUGUGACGAAAACCCUGAUGCCACGUACGAUUUCAAGAGUGAUCUGUGGUCGCUCGGAAUCACAGCUAUCGAGAUGGCAGAGGGAGCUCCACCUCUGUGCGACAUGCAUCCAAUGAGAGCGCUCUUCCUCAUCCCCAGGAACCCCGCCCCCAGACUCAAGUCCAAGAAGUGGUCGAAGAAGUUCCAGUCGUUCAUCGAGAGCUGCCUGGUGAAGAGCCACAGUCAGCGGCCGAGCACCGAACAGCUGCUCAAACACCCGUUCAUCCGAGACCUGCCCAACGAACGGCAGGUCCGCAUCCAGCUCAAAGACCACAUUGACCGGACCAAGAAGAGGAGGGGGGAGAGGGAUGAGACGGAGUACGAGUACAGCGGCAGCGAGGAGGAGGACGAGGAGAGGGACGUCGGAGAACCCAGCUCCAUCAUCAACAUUCCCGGCGAGUCCACCCUGAGGCGGGACUUCCUGCGCCUCCAGCUGGCCAAUAAGGAGCGGUCGGAGCUGAUCCGCCGCCAGCAGCUGGAGCAGCAGCAGAACGAGGAGCACAAGCGCCAACUACUGGCCGAACGGCAGAAACGCAUCGAAGAGCAGAAGGAGCAACGGCGGCGGCUGGAGGAGCAGCAGCGUCGGGAGCGUGAGCUGAGGAAGCAGCAGGAGCGCGAGCAGAGGAGGAGGUACGAGGAGAUGGAGCAGAUCCGCCGAGAGGAGGAGAGGAGGCACGCAGAGAGAGAGCAGGAGUAUAUUCGUAGGCAGCUGGAGGAGGAGCAAAGGCAGCUGGAGAUCCUGCAGCAGCAGCUUCUGCAGGAACAGGCCUUACUGCUGGAGUACAAGAGGAAGCAGAUCGAGGAGCAGCGUCAGGCCGAGCGUCUGCAGCGGCAGCUUCAGCAGGAGCGAGCGUACCUGGUGUCUCUGCAGCAGCAGCAGGAGGCGCCGCGACCGCCGCCCGACAAGAAGCAGCUGUACCACUACAAGGACCAGGCCCCGGGCAGCAACGACAAGCCCGCCUGGGCCAAGGAGGUGAUGCGUCGUGCUCAGAGCAACUCGCCACGAAUCCCCCCGAAGAAGCACCACUCGUUCCGGGAGCCGCGGGAGGUCAACCUGGACCAGCUGCUGCAGCUCCCCGGGUACAAACCCCGCCGCCGCCCCCCCUCCUACCCCGCCCACGUCAGCCCCUCCAGGGACUCGCUCCACGUGCCCCGAAUCCGGGUCACCUGCAUCCCCGACCCCAUUGUGGUCACAGACUCUUCACAGCCGGUACUCCGGAGGCGGAGCCCCGACUCCAGGGGGCGGAGUCCAGGCCGCCGGGUGGACGAGCGUUAUAAGAUGAACAGACAGAGUUCUCCUGCGUUGCAGCAUAAAGUGUCCAACCGGAUCUCGGACCCGUCGCUGCCGCCCCGAUCCGAGUCCUUCAGCAGCGGAGGCAUCCAGCAGGCCCGGACCCCGCCCAUGCACCGCUCCGUCGAACCCCAGAUGGCCCACCUGGUGCAGGUGAAGAGUCACGGCCUGUCGGGCUCUCAGUCCCUGUACGACCCCCACGGCGUGUCCUCCUCCUCGGCGUCGCCCUCCCCCUCCCGGCCUCCCAUGCCCCGACAGAACUCAGACCCCACCUCCGACACCCCUCCUCCCCCGCCCCUGUCCCGCCUGGCGCCCCCCCUCGACAAGCUGGACCGCGGCUCGUGGCUGCGGCAGGAUGACGACCUGCCGCCCAAGGUUCCUCAGAGGACCACCUCCAUCUCUCCGGCUCUAGUCCGGAAGAACUCCCCUGGAAACGGGCCCGGUCUCGGACCUCGGGCCGGAGCUCACCUCAUACGGGCCAGCAACCCCGACCUGAGGAGGACUGACGUUUCCAUGGAGACGCCCCUGAAGAGGACGAGCAGCGGCAGCUCCUCCAGCUCCAGUACGCCGAGCUCCCAGGGCGGAUCCAACGAACGGGGUAAUUCAGCCAUUAAAACAGAGGCCUCGACUCUUCCAUCCCACGACACCAAAGACGAUGGCCGAGAGGUGACGCGACCCAGCAGACCCGCAAGCUAUAAGAAAGCCGUGGACGAGGACCUGACGGCUCUGGCCAAGGAGCUCCGAGAGCUGAGGCAGGGGGAGGAGACCAGCCGGCCGCCCGUCAAAGUCACCGACUACUCCUCAUCCAGCGAGGAGUCGCACAGCAGCGAGGACGAGGAGGGAGAGGGUGGGGCCAACGACGGCACCGUGGCCGUCAGCGACAUCCCUCGGAUCAUGCCGGCUGCAAGUCAAAGCACCAACGAGUCCUUCGGGGUCAUGGGAGGUCACAACGACGCCAACGCCGACUCAUACGCAAACAGCUCACAGGACAGCACGCUGAUGAUGCGCGAGAAACAUGGGGAACGGAGGCGGAGCUCUACCGCCAGCAACGGCUUCCCCGGCAACACUAAUCUGUUCCCCGGCAACACCAAUCUGCCUGACUUGGUGCAGCAAAGCACCUCCCCCCUGGUGUCCCCCAGCGACUCCUCCGGGGCCCAAUACGGGAUGGGUGGCGGCGGCGGCUCCAAGGCUUCGUUCACGCCGUUCGUGGAUCCGAGGGUUUACGGGACGUCUCCGACUGAUGACGACGACCAAAACUCAGCCUCAGCGCUGUUUGCUGAUGAGCUGCUGAAACAGGAGCUGGAGCAGGCGAGGCUCAACGAGGCCAGGAAGAUCUCAGUGGUCAACGUCAACCCCACUAACAUCCGCCCGCACAGCGACACGCCUGAGAUCCGCAAGUACAAGAAGCGCUUCAACUCCGAGAUCCUGUGUGCAGCUCUGUGGGGCGUCAACCUUCUGGUGGGGACAGAGAACGGGCUGAUGCUGCUGGACCGAAGCGGUCAGGGUAAAGUCUACAACCUGAUCAACAGGCGGCGCUUCCAGCAGAUGGACGUCCUGGAGGGACUCAACGUCCUGGUCACCAUCUCAGGGAAGAAGAACAAGCUGCGAGUGUAUUAUCUGUCAUGGUUGAGGAACAGGAUAUUACACAACGACCCAGAGGUGGAGAAGAAACAGGGCUGGAUCACGGUCGGAGAACUGGAGGGAUGUGUUCACUAUAAAGUCGUAAAGUACGAGAGGAUUAAAUUCCUGGUGAUCGCUUUGAAGAACUCUGUGGAGAUCUAUGCCUGGGCUCCCAAACCCUACCACAAGUUCAUGGCCUUCAAGUCCUUCACUGAACUGCAGCACCGCCCCCUGCUGGUGGACCUGACCGUGGAGGAGGGCCAGAGGUUAAAGGUCAUCUACGGCUCCAGCGUUGGCUUCCAUGUCAUAGACGUGGACUCCGGAAACCCCUACGACAUCUACAUCCCCUCACAUAUCCAAGGUCAGGUGACCCCACACGCCAUCGUGGUUCUGCCCAAGACGGACGGCAUGGAGAUGCUGCUGUGCUACGAGGACGAGGGUGUCUACGUCAACACCUACGGACGUAUCACCAAGGACGUGGUGCUGCAGUGGGGAGAGAUGCCCACCUCCGUCGCCUACAUCCACUCCAACCAGAUCAUGGGCUGGGGAGAGAAGGCCAUUGAGAUCCGCUCGGUGGAGACGGGACACCUGGACGGCGUCUUCAUGCACAAACGGGCUCAGCGACUCAAGUUCCUGUCGGAGAGAAACGACAAGGUUUUCUUCGCCUCGGUUCGCUCUGGAGGCAGCAGUCAGGUCUUCUUCAUGACCCUCAACAGGAGCUCCAUGAUGAACUGGUAACCUCCUCUCCUGUUACCCACAAUCCUCCUCUUCUCCGGUCUGGACACCGCCAUCAUCCGGACAGACGGACGGGAGGACAGUGUGUGUGUGAGUGUGUGUGAGUGGGUGUGUGUGUGUUUUAUGGAGGAAAAAACAACAAGCUGCUGCAGGACGAGUUCCACCGUCCGACCGUAGGGGGCGCCGCAGACCUGCCCGAGUCCACCCACUAUGGGUGGACGACGCCUCGGCCUCGACGGUUGCACUUUAAUGGACGCCGACAUCCUGCCGAGUAGCCUUCGAGGACAAGCUCUCUGUGUAGCACAUAAACCGAAAUCCUACAGGGUGUUCACACUGCGAGUCGUCCGUCGCAGCCAAUCAGACGCCUGCGUUGGGUCAACGUUGCCGGCUUUAAAACGUAGCAGCAGAUUUUUAGACACUUUUACCACAAAUGUUUCAGUAUAAAGGAUCUGCACCUGCUGGACGUUGGGGCGUCCACAAAAAAACAGAUUAACCCUUUCAUGCAUGGUGUUAUUUAAGAUUCAGUUAAAACUAUAUUAUUGACUAUAAUUACUCACAAGCAGCCAAAACCAAAUUUACUACAUGGAUUGUUUGGUUCUAAAUUAUCUUACCUGCCUUGAACAGUUAUUAUUAGUUAAAUUAUUAUAUACUUAGCUAACGUAUUUAUUUAGCAUCACAUGUUAAAGAAAAAGAUGAAUUAAUUGUACGUAUUUAUUGGUUUAUUUAACAGGGACAUUGUACAUUAAUUGACAUUGCUGUAAAUGCACCAGAGUUAGCAUAAUGGCUAUUUUUCAUCUGCAGUCCCUAGACAGAUGUUAAAUUGUUACCUUAAAAGGUUAGAAAUUAGAAAUAAGUUUAAUUAAAAUACUUUACACCUGUCUCUUUUCCUUUGGUUUUAGUAUUUUUGAAAUAUAUUCUAUUUUUGCAAAUACUUGUACUUUUUCUGUCAAACCAGCUAGCAUAAGCUAGCAAACUAACUGAUGCUAACAUUAGGCUGUAAAAUAAUUCAGAUAUUCAUUGAUGUUUAUGUUCAUAAAUGUUUGAAAAACCUUAAAGAUGUGCGGUUUUUUAAGAAAACACAUGUUUCUAGAGCUUUAGUUAAUUUAAUUAAAACAAAAUGUGGAAAACCUAGCAUCAUGUAAUGGUCACUCUACAAAAGAACAAUGUUUAUUUAGCCAAUGAGAAAUAAUUGGAGUCUUUUAUUUAAUCACAAGUAAGCCAAAGAUAGCAUUAUUUAGUUACAUUUAAUUAUAGUUCUUGGGUUAAAAAAAAAAAAAAAAUCCUUAAUAACCUCUGAAUAUUGUAAUUGAAGUGGUUUGAGAGGAAACAGGAAUCUUUCUUUUCACAUUGUACAAAAUCUGUUCUCUUCAGAUUAUUGCUUUUACCAUCCACUACAGUUACAUUUAUUUUGUUUUCCUUAAUAAAUCCAACAUUAUCUUUAUGGAAAUCGACUGUUGGAAUCCAAUGCUAAAAAAAUAUAUUUCUCAUCAAAGUGGUACUUAAGCAAACAGUCGACUGUAAUAUAUGUAUCUCACUCAAAAUAAUCCAAUUGGACACAUUAUUUGUUUGGGAGUAAUGAGCCCAUUCAGUUUUAUAAUAAUUCAUGCAUGAAAGUGUUAAAUGUUUCCUUUGUUUGGCCUUCGCUCCACGUUAAAGCCUCAUUCAUUCAGGAAAUUGGUUGGAAAGUUGAGUGUUUUUGUAGCAAAAAUGUGCAACCAUAAGCCAUAGAAAACAUUUGUGGAGUUCAGAAACAAAACGAGAAACGUCCUGCCAUUUUAAAAUUAAAAAAAAACUCAAAUAUUAGGUAUCGCUGAAUCUAAAUCCAAUCUGAAACACUAGGUACGUGUUUUCACUCGUACUUUUUUAGUUUGGCCUUUCCAUUGUCAUUAAACAUGAAUAAACCACUGUAAUAUUAUGUGUCUGAACAGAAGUAGAUGAAAACAAUCAAUAAAUCUGUUAUUUUAGGAAUCAGUCAAAUACAAUAGUUAAGUUCCAUCUAAGGAGGAUUAUUUACGGAGCAGGAACUGGGACGUCUUCUUCACAUGGAUGUAAAACUGCACCUUGACGGAUCAGCGAAGGCAAACAAUCAUCAGGCUGCGAGUUUAGUCGACUGAGAUCUUGUAGCAAAAGCGUAACGGCGGCGUCCGUUUUCCCGAUGCCGUCCUGGUCUCAGAUCAGCUCGCAGUGUGAACACUCGACCUGAGUGCUGCUGCUCUAACACCACGUAUGUCUCUUCCCUUUUAGAAAGGCCACGACCAAAACACCUGAAAGAAGCAGCGUCACAGGACGGUGAUUCGAUUGGAGUCACAUGGCGGCCAUUUUCCUCCGACGCCGGCUGAGUGUUUAUUUGACCUUUAACCUGGAACACAUUAACAUGACGUUAACCAUCUGAAAACAUCUGAGCUUCAUGCUGUGACGUGAAAGGAAAAAUGGUCGCCAUGUGACUAACUGAUCUACCAGGAAGAUGAUUUGUUCUGCACAUGUGCAAAAAUACUACUUCCUGUCACCAGUACUUGGAG